CCUGUGCAUGACAAUUUGCAUCUUAAGUAGCAUUGGGCACAAGGCGUGCGCUGUGUCGGCUCCACUCGCUGGCGUGGCGCAUGGCGUUAUUCAGGACCGCUUCUCCUUGAAUACAGUACGCGCAUUACAACAGUAUUCUACCAGCAACUUUAUAAGAGAGGAAGGUUAUUACUGGUCGUGUAUCGUUUUUGCAGUUUGGGCGCGGCAACCAUGUUGCUGUUCAGCGGUGCACUCCGAAACUGGCGAAAGACUCGAAAAGGCCCAGACGCGAGUGCAAGCGGCUCUUCGGUAUCGGAAGCCCACAUUAAAGCUGUCACAGUAGUCAAGGGCGCCAAAACCACCCGCACGACGACAGCCGGUGGUGUUGGCCACGCCGGUGCCGCGUCGAACGCACCGGUGCCCCCUCCUCGCCGCGAGGCACGCGCAUCCGCUCGCUCAGCCAAAGCCCCGCUUAAGCUGCACAAGGUCGUUGAGCUGUGUGCCACACCGAGUGCCCUUGCGGAGGGACCUGCUUCCUACGAGGUGGUGCUGAGCGAUGGCACCGAUGUCUCAGACCCGGAGGAAGAAGGCCACAAGCAGCAGGCACAUCAGCAGCACCAGUCGCACGCCACAGCGAACUCCAAGCCGCGCACGGACGCCGCGGCGCCGCCGCCGCGCCGCUCCCGUGCGCCCGCCCCCGCGGCCGCGCUCUCUUCCACCGUCCUGGCAUCUGUGCGUCGCCGCACCAAACAGGCACUGCCGCCGGCGGUGGCGUCACUCGCCGCCAUUCCGCCGCAGCGCUCCGUGCCUGCUGCCGCUGCUGCUGCUGCUGUUGCCGCAGGCCCGGGGGCCGUGAAGGCGCAGGCUGGUCAGACCCGGCCCAGACAUGGCGGCAACGGCUGGUCUGAGGCGGUGGCGCGGCUGACGAGCGGCGCGGCGGCGCGGCCUGUGCUGACGGUGCUGCUGCUGUUGGCGGCGGGCGCACUCAUGGCGUCAGGCAGCCAGCGACUGGUGACCGCCUUCCGGCAGCCAGUGCCGCGCGGCAGCCACCGCCUCGGCGGCAGCGCCAGCCCGCUCACCUCCUUCCGCCCCGUGGCCGCCGCCGCUGCUGCUGCCGGCUCCGGCAGCAGCCCCGGCCGCGGCGCCCGAGGCGCAGCCUCCGCAUCGGUCUGGGGCACGGCCGCCUGGAUCGGCGGGGCCAUGCGUCUGGCUUCUUCUCGCAGCCUCGCGGCCAGAGCGGUGCCCGCGCCCUCGACAGCGUCGGCCACUGGCUCGGCCCCCGGCAUGCCAGGCCGCAAUGGCGGCGCCGCGUUGGCGACUCGCAGCGGCGCCGGCUGGUGGUCUGCGGCAGCGGCAGUGCGCGGGAGCGGCAGCGGAAGCAGUCGGUCGCCUGUGGCAGCGGCAGCGGCGGCGGCGGCGGAUGCGGCCGGCGGCGCGGCGGCGGCCCCUGAGCACAGCUACGAGUGGCGUGAGAGCGCGGCAGUACGUGUCAUUAGCAUUGUGUCGGACGCGGCUAGUCCCUACCGCACCAGCUGGGACGCCCUGGCCGAGCACACCGCGCAGCGCCUGGAGUGGACCGACCCCUCCUACCAGAUGAUUGUGUUCCGACAGGACCAGCUGGCCAGCAAGCCAGACGUGCAGCAGGCGUUCAUGGACGCGGUGGGCGGCGGCGCGCACAUGCUGGUCGGGCUGGACGUAAGCGACGCCGGCGUCGCGGACUUUUUGCAGAGCUCGCGCGUGACUUCUCGCCUGCCCGGCAUCGUCCUGUUCGUGGGCGGAGUGGAGGCCCUGGGGCGCCAGCUCACACGCCUGCCGGGUGGCCUCAGGCCGCAGGAGCCCGAGUCCUGGCGCACGCAGCUGGCACGCAAGCUGACGUGGACGCCCGACGGCGCGGGCCUGGCUGUGUGGGACACGGUGCAGCUGCUGCUGGGCCGACACGACUCCGACAACUUCCUGUUCGUGUUCCUUGUGCUGGUCAACCAGUACGUCACCACCGUACGACAGGUCGCAGACACUACGAAGGGCUUUGACCUCACGUCCAUCAUCUGCAUGAUCAAGAACUGCGGCUCCAAGGUGGUGGGCUGCGUGCAGGACCCCACAUGCAAAACCGCCCUGGACUGCCUCAACGGCUGCACGUUCAACGACCAGGUGUGCCAGUACCGCUGCAUUGUGAGCUACGAGAGCCCGCUGCUGGAGCAGUUCAGCCUGUGCAUCCUGCAGCUGCACAACUGCCGCAACCUGGACGCAAAGCCGCCCGCGCUGCCGGACCCGGCGCCCAUGACUUCUUUCCGCGGUGCCGCCCUGACUCACGAGGCCGCUGAGGACUUGUUCAUUGGGUGGCUGGACCAGCCCGGGCAGGGCGCGCCGGCGGGGCAGCACCUGGGGCAGAUGCCCGGCAAGCGCUACAGCUGGCUGGUGGCGGCUGGCAAGAACCCAGCCUAUGACUACUUCCCCUGCCAGCACCAGCUCUACUACCGGGGCAAGGGCCGCGGCCAGAUGUGGUAUGAGCCAAUCUUCAAGGCCAUCACUCUGGACGGCCGGGAGGUGUGGCGCCGCCGCGUGUACCGCGUGCGUCGGGCCAAGGUUCCGGGCACCUUCUACUUGUCGGUAUUGGACAACGGCGUCACCUCCAAUGAGUACUGGCGCAUUGUGGACUGCGAUGAGAACCUGGACUGGUGCCUGUUCUACUACUCGGGGGCAGCCUCCACCGCAGGCCUUGCCUACAGCGGUGCGGUGCUGGGCACUCCCGACGGCGGCAUGCCGGGCCCGCAGCACACGCAGCGCCUGCACACGGCCCUGCGGCGGGCGGGCAUCGAGCCCUGGGAGCUCAGCUUCGUGGACAACAGCAAGUGCGCGGAUGCGCCGCUGCAGAUCACCGGGCCCACGCCGGCGCCCGUUGUUUGAUAGGGGCCGGCGCGUGUGAUAUGUGAUGCGGAUCAGUGUGUAUCCCACACGCAGCAGGCGCACGCGACCAUACAUGAUGCCUGGACACCCCUCCGGAGAAGCAUCGAUUUCCUGCAACCGGCACUGCACGACAGCACGAGGCGCCUGAGCUCCGCUCCUGGCAGCCGCCCGGCGAAGCCGACAGCGCCGGUAGCAAGCGGUGCAGCGUGUGUGACAGCAGCAGCUGCACCCCAGCCCACUGCAGCCGCCGCGCCGUUGCUGCUGCCUUCCUGCCACCGCUGGUGCUGCCGAUGCCGCCGCAAUUGGGGCGGAAUCCGCCAUGGCAUGUAAUGCACGCGCGCC